CGCUUCUUCCAACCGGUAACGCUAUAGGAGACGAGACGACAGAGGAAGAAGCAGAGCGACGACGAUGGAAUCGGACUACGGCGUCCCGCGAGACCUGUCGGGUCUACAGAAGCAGCGGGCUCUUUACCAGCCGGAACUCCCUCUAUGCCUUCAGGGGACAACAGUUAGGGUUGAGUUUGGUGACACAACAAUUGCUGCAGACCCUGCAGAUGACCAUGCUAUCAGACAGGCCUUUCCUCACACAUCUGGGCAACCUUUGGCUCAUUUUUUGAGGGCUACCGCUAAUGUUCCAGAUGCACAGAUAAUAGAAGAGCAUCCAGCUAUCAGGGUGGGAAUUGUAUUUUGUGGGAGACAAUCCCCAGGAGGACAUAAUGUAAUUUGGGGUCUUUAUAAUGCCAUUAAAUCUCAUAACCCUGAGAGCACAUUAUUUGGAUUUGUUGGUGGUACGGAGGGCUUAUUUGCUAGGAGAAUUCUGAAAAUUACAGACGAUAUACUUUCCACAUAUAAAAAUCAGGGUGGUUAUGAUUUGCUCGGACGGACGAAAGAUCAAAUAAGAACAAGUGAGCAAGUCAAUGCUGCAAUGUCUGCGUGCCAAGAACUGAAUUUAACCGGUCUUGUCAUUAUUGGUGGAGUUACAUCCCACACAGAUGCUGCUCAGCUAGCAGAGACCUUUGUGGAGUCCAAAUGUCAAACAAAGGUAGUUGGAGUUCCUGUAACCUUGAACGGAGAUCUCAAGAACCAAAUUGUUGAGACAGACGUAGGGUUUGACACAAUAUGCAAGGUUAAUUCGCAACUCAUCAGCAAUGUUUGUACAGAUGCCCUUUCUGCAGAGAAGUAUUACUAUUUUAUUCGCUUGAUGGGACGUAAGGCAUCUCAUGUGGCCUUAGAGUGUACUCUCCAGUCGCAUCCAAACAUGGUUAUCCUAGCUGAGGAUGUUGCCGUAUCGAAACUUACAAUUUUUGACAUAACAAAACAGAUCUGCGAUGCAGUCCAAGCCAGGGCAGAGAAAGACAAGUAUCAUGGUGUCAUUCUUAUCCCCGAGGGGCUAGUAGAAAGUAUUCCAGAAUUGUACGCCCUGCUCCAGGAAAUCCACGGUCUUCAUCGCCAAGGAGUUUCUGUUGAGACAAUACCUUCUCAGCUUUCACCAUGGGCAUCCGCAUUGUUUGAAUUUUUGCCACCAUUUAUGAGGAAACAGCUGGUUCUCCACCCGGAGUCUGAUGACUCUGCACAACUUUCCCAGAUCGAGACUGAAAGGCUGCUAGCCCAUCUGGUGGAGACAGAAAUGAACAGACGGUUGAAAGAAGGCACAUAUAUAGGAAAGAAGUUCAAUGGAAUCUGCCACUUUUUUGGAUACCAAGCUCGGGGAUCUUUGCCAUCAAAAUUCGAUUGCGAUUAUGCCUAUGCGCUUGGCCAUGUUUGCUAUCACAUAUUAGCUGCUGGUUUGAAUGGUUACAUGGCGACCAUAACAAAUCUGAAGAACCCUGUGAAUAAGUGGAGGUGUGGAGCUGCUCCGAUACCGGCAAUGAUGACUGUAAAGAGGUUAUACGGCCCAGGAGCAACAGCUAUCGGAAAGCCUGCCAUCCAUCCUGCCACAGUUGACUUGGAAGGAAAAGCCUAUGAGUUGGUGAGGCUCAGAGCUUCCAGUUUUCUGAUGGACGACAUAUAUAGAAACCCAGGGCCAAUCCAAUUUGAAGGGCCGGGUGCUGAUGCAAAGUCUAUUUCGUUGUGCGUCGAAGACCAAGACUACAUGGGCCGAAUUAAAUUGCUUCAGGAGUAUUUGGAUAAGGUGAAAAGCAUCGUUAAGCCUGGGUGUUCGCAGGAUGUGCUGAAAGCAGCUUUGAGUGCUAUGGCUUCGGUGACAGACGUGUUAGCGCUGAUGUCUUCCUCCUCCAUGAAUGGGCAGACACCUCUCUGAGAUGUUAGAUUUGCUCCGUCUCUUCUCGUCUACUACUCUUCUUUUCCAGUUCCAACGAGUUAAAGCGUUAUAGUUUUUAUUGAGAUUCUGUGCCCCCCAUUUGUACUUGGGAGUUGAAUAAUGGUUAAAGCACACUAUAGUUUAUUGAGAAACAUUAGAGAACGUCAAUACAUAAAUGGAAUUUCCUUGA